AUGGGUCUUACCUCUGCAUAUACCUUGAUCGAAAAUUCCGUACCUGGUAAUGAAAUAACUCUCAUUUCAAAACACUUUCCCGGGGAUUUAUCUUCAUUCUAUGCAUCCCCAGUCGCAGGAGCAGUCACGGACUGUCUCAAAGUCACAGAUUCGCGUGAAUUGGAAUGGUACAAAUAUACUUACUCCAAUUUGGGAAGGCUUCAAGAGCUCCUUGGAGAACAUUGUGGCCUCAGUCAAGGUUUUGCUACCGAAUUCUGGGAAAAAGAUGCUCCUAUUGAUUCUAUAAAUCUAAUGAAGCAUUUUACAGAGGAUUUCGAAUAUGUUGAAGUCCAAAACGACGCGACUAUUGGAAUAAGAUUCAAAUCAUGGGGUUUCAAUACACCGCUCUUUCUAAAGACCUUGACAUCAUUUUUAGUGGAUAAAGGUGUCACGCUUAUUAAACAAGAAUUAGAGAACAUUAGUGAUGCGUUUAACACGAAAACUAAGGUUGUCUUCAAUUGCUCAGGUCUAGGAGCUCGAACUUUGAAGGGCGUUGAAGAUUUAAAGGUUUUUCCAACCCGAGGACAAGUUGUCGUCGUAAGAUCACCUCAUAUCAAAGAAAGUAUAUUGCAAUGGGGUAAUGAAUCAACUUACGUAAUUGUUAGACCAGAUUCAAAUCACGAGGUUGUUCUAGGGGGCUUCUAUGAACCAUAUAAUUGGAAUAAAGACGUUCUUCAACAUGAAACUCUGAAUAUUUUGGAAAGAACGACAAAGCUUUGUCCUCAAUUGUUAUCCAAUUUGGAUUCUAUUUCAGGUUUACAAAUUGUUCGUGUCGCUUCUGCCUUUCGUCCCUCUCGUGAAGGUGGACCCAGACUUGAGAAAGAAACCUCUAAGGAUGGAACUGUUAUUAUCCAUAACUACGGUGCAUCUGGAUCAGGCUACUCAAGGUGUUUAGGUAUGGCUCAUGAAUGUGUAAAAAUAGCUCUAGAUGAAAAUUGA